AUGGAUAUGCUCGGUCCAUCUUUUGGCAAUCACAUGUUCCCUUCAUUCGUUCCAUCAUGCAUCGAUCCCUCCUGCGCUGGCCCUCGCUUUGACUCAGGACCAUCGACUUCCCAUCCUGAUCUAUACGUUCCAGAUCAGGAACAGGGUGCGGCAGCCGCAUUCGGUAUCGACAGCAAUGGGCUUGAUGGCUUCUGUGCCUUGAACAGCCGCGAUGGACGCGUGUUUUCCCAGUCGUGGCAGGUGUGCUAUCGGUCAGUGCCAGCUACAACGUUGCGGAACGCAGUAACCCAGCCACACAUCACUCACACCGCUUCGAGCUUUGCUGCUUGGUCUCCAAGGUGUACCUCUACGACCUGUUACUCUUCUGAGGCGAGCCCUUCAGCAGGAUGGGAUGAGACAGGAGGGCACAACUACUCCACGCUAAUGCCAGGACUUCUCGCACAAUCGGAUUAUUCGCCUGCCGGAGAGACUGGGCACACGCCACCAGAAGAACCGAGAUUGAAGAAGAAAAGAGUCAGGGUUCCUCCCGUCAACUGUCCUGUGUUUGACAAGAUCUUGGACAAACCAGCCCUUCUGCGUGAACACAUGCGGGAGCAUAGUGAUCAGGUCAAAUGCUCGAGGUGUGAUCAGACCUUUCCUGGGGCAGAAAAUCUCGCCAUACACAUGAAGAUGCACGAGGCAGGACGGCACGUAUGCCAAAGCUGUUCCAAAGUGUUUUCCAAGAGGGCAAACUACCGAAGGCACCUCAAGUGUCACGAUGAGAACCGCCCGAAGAACAAGUGUCCCAAAAAAGGAUGCGACAAGGAAUACGCGUUUGCAGGUUGCUUGAACCGACACAUCAAAUCGCACUACGCAGACUACAGGUGUGGCGACUGUGACAAACAGUUCAAUCGGGCGGAUUUGAGAGACCGGCACCAAGGCAAGCACUGCCAAAAAGCUCGGGAACGAAGAGCAGCAGAGGAAUCAUCGUCGCUGCCACCUCCGGUUGGACGGCUAGAGCCAUUGCAAGACUAUCAGACACAUGGCCUGACGCAACUGUGCAUGCCUAUGCAGAUGCAAGUACAAGCACAGAAUCUGGCCAUGCACCAGCAACCUAACACCCUCACCCAAGGCCUGACGCCGGAGCACCCAAGCCAAGUCCCGAUCUCGACGCCGGCAGGGGUAUUACAAAAACCCACUGUGCGGAUGGGGCAACAACUCUUUGUCUCUGGGAGCCGGGACGGGGGUUACACAGGGUAUGGCAUUUGA